CCCAGCGCCCCUCUGCAGGAGCAGGCAGGACACAAUGGAGCCGUUUUAUCUCUAUGACCUUGGGCUCCUAACAGAAAACAAAGCUAUUCAAAGGAUCCUCUGCCCCAUGGCAGCACAGCUCUGCCAUCUGAUCCUCGCCCUGGAAUGGGAAGAUGGGAUCUGUCAGGCCUUUCCCAAUUUAGGGGACAAUGCGGAAAUAUUAUCCAAAGCCACAGGGGAACUCGCUUCUGUUGCAAGAAGGUUGGCUGAGGAGUCCAGCGAUGAGGUGUUCAAAGAGGAGAUGCAUCCUGCAGCCCAGUCCCUUGUCCAAGCCGGGAGGUGCGUUCUGCUGGUAGCCCAGAAGCUCCAGGUGCAGCCAGACAACCCUGGCCACAGAGAGGAGCUGGCUGUGUCGGCAAAGAGGGUCUUAACAGAGACAGUGAAGAUCCUUCAGAUUGAAGAUGCUGCUGGGACGAGGAGGAUAAUUCAGGCUGCCAGCUGGCUUUUGGAGUGCCUGAGUGUGCUGCGGGAUGCAGGGGAUAUGCCAGGACUGCUGGCUGCUUUCUGGACCUUUUCAGAGGCCUUGCUUCUGCUGAGCAAUCUGACAGCAAAGCACCUCGAGGAACUUGGAGAUUGUCCUCAACAGAAGAGCUUGGCCCAAACUUUGCAGCUGCUUCACAAGUGCAUUCCUUUGCUCCACGCAGCCAAGCACAGCGAUCUUAAACGCUCCUGGGGUCAGCGAGCCAACCUGUCCAAAGAUUAUGCUUUCCAGCUAAUGGAGAGCACCAUCAAAGAGCUCACUUCCCUGCUCGUCGACAAUACAGUCAGAAGGGAGCCAUGGGACAGAAGCGGGACCUUCUCCCAGCACGUGAGCAGGCUGCUGGCUCUCCUCUCUUCCCCAGACCCAGUGCAGCUCUCUGACAGUGAGCUCAGCGCUCACGUGGAAGCAGUCGUUUUCUACUGCAUGCUUCUGGCAGACUCAUCCAGGUCAGAUCUGAAGCUGGACCUGGUAAAGCAUUGCUGGGUUCUGCUACAGCUGAGGAAGAGCAUCUGCAGCCAUGUAAGCCAGGAGAAAGGGUGGUCAGGGCAAAGCUGGGGAGAAAGCAGUCUGGAGAAGGAAUUGCACACCAUGAGAGAAGAGGUAGAGACUCUCGACCAGGCAGUGCUCACAGCUACUCUGUGCCAAAUCCUUGACACCUUCUUUGUGGGUAAGGAGCCCCUGAGGCAGUUAGUUGAAGAUGCCCUUAGCCUUAUUGGUACAGGGUGUUUUCCAGCAGGACAAGGAGGAUUUUUAAAGAAACUUCAGCCCCUCGUUGCCACCUUCUUCACACAUGCCCAGCAGAUGCUCAGAGUGGCAGACUUUGUUCUGGCAAGGUGCACCAAAACGCAAACUGCUAGAGAAAUUGGAGAGUGGGUAGAGUAUUUGAAGAGACUCCUUGCCAGUCUCCCUCCGCUGCUUACAGAAAUGAGCAGAAACACAGCCCAGAUGAGAGCUGCUGAGCAACUGCAGUCCUUGCACCACACAUGGGCUGGAACAACAGAAAGCCUCUUGCGGUGUUUUGAGGAGACAGUCAGCAUGUGUGAAUUCCUUACGCUGUCUGUCCAGGAAAUGGCCAAGCACAAGGAAUGGUGUGAAAAGGCCCUGGAAAGUGAGGACCCCGAGGGGCUCUCUUGGCACGCAACUCGCCUCAUCAGUUGGGCUCGGUGGGUGGUUGAAGCUACCACCAGGUAUGUGGACAGAGCCACAGACCCCAUUUUCAGGAAUGGCUUGCUGGUUUGGGUUGAGCAACUGGCCACCUCCAUCCUUGAGCUGAAAGCGGUCACAGCCCCUUGUCCAGAGAGAAUCUCCUGCCUCCAAACUAGGGAUAUCUUUUCAAAGGUAGCGAGCUGCCUGAUGGAUUCUGCUCACCAUGUCCGAGAUGGGCUGGAUGGGUCCAACCACCCAGAGAUCCUCAGCCCUCUCCGAGAACAAGUGAGAAGCACUGAUGCUUCAAGGGCACUUGAACUCCACCCAUCCCGUGCUGGGCUAAAAAACAUGAUGGAUGAGGCUGCAUUGCAAGAAGACAUCUUAAGCCAUCCGUCUCCACAAGCAGAUAAUUUACACCUGGAUGCCAUUCCAAGGAAAGGAGAUGUGCACCCUGUCAUUACAGCUCUCCUAGCAGCAACGAGGGCCCACGAUAUGGCAGCUGUCAAUGCUGCUUGUGCCGCCUUGCUUGAGCUCUCCAACAGCUCUGUCGAAGCUGCAAAGGAGGCACUGCCUGUUGCUGAGUCUCCCCAGAUGGAGACACUGGGGCAGUACCAGAAGAUGGUGUUGUUGACACCAUGUGUUGUUAGUCUGGCCAGGGAAACAGCCUCAAGGCGGCUUUGCUGUCCAGGCAGGCUUCUUCAAAUGGCACUCACGCUCUCCGAAGGGAUCUGUAAGACACAAGAGUGCCUGGCAGCCAUGUCAGGCUCUUGGUAUAGUCUGUCUCAGCAGGUACUUGGCUUUAUCUUGUCUGCUGACUUCCUGAGCAGCAAACAGGCUUUGGACGAGACCAUGGUGGGUUUAGCAGGAAUGGUUCAGUUAGCAGAAGGCAUUGCAAGCACGGCCCGUAGUAAGGGAAAUCCCACUUCCCCUGACGUCUGGGAGAGCUUUCUACAGGUCCAAGCCAAGUUUUCAUGUGCUCAGAGGAACAACAAAGUGUUACUUGAGAAAGCAGCAUCCUUUGAGGGCUCCUGCAGGGUGGGAAAGGCCAGCCUGGAGCUGCAGUGUCUCCAGUGGGCCAUCAGUAUGCACGUCCUGCUGAGCUCUGUGGAUCAGUUCAUCGGCAGGGACGUCCUGUUCCUGAGGGAGCUGAGGAGCGCCAUGAACAAUGAGCUUUGCUUGCGGAGCCUCUUGGCUGCUGUGUCUGAGAACUCUCUGAGGCUGCAGGAGGCCGCCCGGCUUUCUUACCUGUCCUGCCCUGAGGACUGUGGUCGCAGUGAAAUCCUCGUGCUCAGGGAGGAGAUAAAGGUGCUAGUGGAAGCACUGCUGGAUGCCUCCAGUACCCUCUCGGUCUCCCCGCUGUCUACUGCCAGCUUGUACGUUCGCUUUGAGCUUCUGCAGAGAGACCUGGCCCUCAGGGCCAAGGCCUUAUUGCUCCACCUGGAGAAGGUCAAUACCAAACACCUGCAGGUCAUCCGCGAUGUCGUUGGACCAGCCCUGUCCUCUACCCCUCAAGAGGACGGGGAGAGGAGAAAAGAGGCCUUUGAAGAGAAGGCAAGUCGGUUAAUGGCCAACGUUCAGUGGGUCAAAACCACCCUCCAAGACAUCCUGGAGUCCAGUGCUCAAUUGCAAUCGCAGGCAAACCUGCUCUCCAUCGCAGACCACCUCCUGGUCCUCACGUCUGACGCAGUGGGCAGCGCCAGCCAGCUGUUCAACAGCCACCAGGACAAAGCUCAUCUUCACCUAGACAGUAUUGUCUGGUACUGGUCAGCAAAGGCCCACUACCUCAUCACACAGCUGCAGGCUGUCCAGGGCAUCGAUGAACACGUCCUGCAGCUCAUGAGACAACACUUGCAGAACACAGAGGACCAGCACCUUCCACGACGACACAACAGCCCAGCGAAGCUCUUCCCAGCCCGAGAGCUUCAUGCUCUGAGCCAUGCCAAGUCAGCAGAAACUUGCCCAAGCAGGAGCAGAGGAGGAGGUGGAGCUGGUACAGUACAUGAAAUGUUACUGUCUCAACAGCACAAGAGCAGUCCUCCCAGCGUCUCCCCUGCCAGCAGCCCUGUGAAGCACGAGAGAGAAAACAGAGACACAUGGAAGGGUGACCCUAGUAAGAUGUCCCAGGUCACCAAGGACAUGGCAACAAGGAUGCUUCACAUGACUCAGUUCCUGAGGAAGAAGGGUCCCAUCAUGAGCAAGGACCAGCUUGUUGCCUGUGCGAGGCAAAUGGCUUCUGAUGGCCAGGUGUUUGUUAAAUUUGGCCACAUCGUUGCGAAGCACUGCCUGGACAGGAGAUGCUCCACAGAGCUGCUGUGUGCUGCAGAGCACACCCACACCAUCAGCAGCCAGCUCAGCAUCGUGGCCAGGGUGAAAGCAGUCACUGCAGAGAGCAAGUCCUCUUCUGAGCUGCUUGUGAGCAACGCGCAGAACCUCAUUCAAGCAGUUUUGCAUGUUCUGAAGGCAGCUGAGGCAGCGUGUAUCAAGGGUUUGCGACAGCCCCUGCCUGACUCCGAAGAAGAAGAAGUAGCUGCUUUCUGCAUGCAUUGGAGAAAAACUCUGUUGUGGCAUAGAGCCAAGGAGUCUUUAAACUCAGACAGGGAUGAUUUAGGGCUCCGCAAGACUCAGGCAAGGGCUGAACCCACCCUGACAGCGAUGGUGCAAGAACAGUCACCUCAGACCAAGCAUCUAAAACCUGUUAAAGGACAUACAAUUAUGGAUCUCCACCUGUAAAACCAGGAAGGGGUUUCUGUUAGAGGGGAGCUGCAUGGCUAACUGGCCUUGCAGGAGGGCUGAGAGUGCAAAGCCUGAAAAGGCUGUUGUGUGCUGGCUGCUCCUCCUGUGGGAGACUCCACGCUGCAGAGACACUGCUUCCUUUUGGCCACGGAACGAAGAGAUGAAUAAAAUGAUGCCACACGCUAGUGUACUUCCUGAGAGGCCUCUCGUCCAGAUGGCACUGGAAGUUGAGUAAUAAGAUGUGAUACCAAGCCACAGAGGACACAGGAGCUGGGGAAGAGCUUUAAGACUCAGUCAAAGGGAAGGCACAGAGUUUCCUGUUUGGUAAAAUAUCAUUUGCCAAUCUUUGUUACCUGGCACAGGAGUCACUCUGAAACCAUUAUUCUUGAGUCAACAGCCACCAAGUAGGUCUACAAUUCUUUAUAUUUGUAUAAUACACACCCUCCUACAGCUGUGAGCCAGCUCUGGCUCUUUGUAGUCAAUCAGGCUUUUUUUUUUUCUUUUCUUUGGCAAACAUUGCUAUAGGAAAGAUAGCAUUUGAUGAGGUACCUUCAUCAUGUUUCUUUCAAUAACUGUUAGUUCCUCUGUGUUCCUCAGCACCCAAGAUGUGAACAGAAGGAUGUAGGAACACGCUUGUAGCAGCACCAGCAAAUCUGGGUGGAUGUGAGGAUCAGGGAGUUCUGUAAAUGACUGAAUUGCUCAUCUCCAGCACAAGACAGCCUCAGACCUGGGAGGUCUUUCUCAGGCCCUGAUCUUUAGCACACUAUCAAACUUUUUUUCAACCAUCACCUUUUUAGCAACUGUCACCUUUUCUUCUAAAGGUAGCAAUCCUAAAUGCUGCACAGGAAGGGCAGCCAGAGACAUAUAAUCCUGCAGAGGAUCCAGUGCACAGGUUGGAGUCCAUAUGUAAAAUAGGAACUCAGAGGAGAACAUGAAAAAGGCACUGCGAAAGCUGGAGGAAAGAACUGAAUGUGCAGGAAGGCUGAGGGACAGGAUCACUGAUUUUUGAAAUGUAAACCAGGACUUUA